CUUUUCUCUAGGCUCGAAUGGAGGUAGAUGCUGAUGGAAAUGGUGCUAAAAUAUUUGCUUAUGCAUUUGACAAAAAUCGUGGAAGGGGAUCCGGCCGACUCCUGCAUGAGCUGCUUUGGGAGAGACAUCGGGGAGGGAUUGCUCCUGGAUUUCAGGUGGUACAUCUGAAUUCAGUGACAGUGGACAACCGCCUAGACAAUCUGCGCCUCGUUCCUUGGGGGUGGAAACCCAAAGCUGAAGAAAUCUCCAGUAAACAAAGGGAACAAAGUCUGUACUGGCUGGCAAUCCAACAGCUUCCUACAGAUCCUAUAGAAGAGCAGUUUCCUGUACUGAAUGUAACACGAUACUACAAUGCUAACGGGGAUGUUGUGGAGGAGGAGGAGAACUCAUGCACAUAUUAUGAAUGUCACUACCCCCCAUGCACAAUGAUUGAAAAACAGUUACGUGAAUUCAACAUCUGUGGCCGAUGCCAGGUAGCGAGGUACUGUGGGUCACAAUGCCAGCAGAAAGAUUGGCCUGCUCACAAGAAACACUGUCGGGAGAAGAAACGGACCUUCCAGCAAGAGCUUGGACCAGAGCGAUGACCGGGUGGCACAGGCCUCUUAGCAGCAGGAUUCCUUCUCAAAGGCAUUGGACUCUUGGUUUUGCACAGUAAUGACAGACUGCUUAUUGAAGCCGGAGGCACUGAAGAAGAAAAAACCCUGUGAUGCUUGAGCAGAACGGCUGACUGGACUAAGCCAGCUCUGACUGGUGCUGUGGAAAGGGAUUGGGUCUACCCUUCCAGUAUUAUAUUCUCAAGCAAAAAGACUACUGUGGAGGCUCCAGGCAGGAAGCUUCUCAUUAUUUAUAUGUUAAUACGUUUGUAAACUCAUGUACAGUUUUUGUUAGAAAUUCUUGAUAGGACUCAUUAACUGUUAAUGUUCAGAUGAGGACACACUGUUGGCCUAAAAGCUUAAAAAAAAAAGUCAUGUAGCAAAAGCUUUUCCUUCCAUGUGGCUAGAAGUAUCUGUGCCAGUGCCAAGGCCAGAAGGCAGGCUCGGACAUCAGCAGGUACUCUGGAGAACUCUGCAUGGAAGUUUUAUUUAAAAAAAAAAAAAAAAAA